AUGUUUCUCAUUGAAGAAAAUAAAAAAAAUAAAAACGUUAAUAAUAAUUAUGUUCAAGAAGAUCAAUUUGGUGAAUCUGAUCCUGAAGAUUAUGCAUAUUUAACUGAUAUUAUCGGAUGUGUUCUUAUAGACGAACCAACUAAUAAAAUAAAUUGUAUAAUAUGUAAUCAUAAAUAUUCAUCAUUAAAAAAUCAAGAAAUUAAAAAACAUCUUUCUACAAAACAUUCAUAUCUAUGGAAUGAAUUAGAAAGGAGAAAAAAAGAAUUUUUAAAAAUAGAAUUCAGUGAAUUUCAUAAUGAUCCACUCGGAAAAGAAUAUUCAAUUUAUUUAGAAGAAAAGGAUGAUGAAUUCUAUUACAUACUCUUAAAUGAAUAUCUGAUUUAUUCAAAAAAAGAUAAUAAUAAACCUAAAGAAAAAUAUUCAGAAGAAAAAAAUAAUAAAAUCCAUAAUAAAGUUAAAAGAAAAAAUAUUAAAAAAAAUUAUUAUCAAGAUAGAUCAAAUAUAAAUAAUAAUAAUAAUCAUAUAUAUAUCUGUGAAAAUGUUGAAUUAAUAAUGAAAAAUAAUAUACAAAUCAUAUCUAAAAAAAUAGUUAUCAAUAGUCUUUAA